AGGCUUAAGCCUUUCACUCUCACAACUCACAAGUCUCUCUCUUUCUCUGCUUAUUAAAACUGUAGCACUAAAGAAAACUACACAAGAUAAAGGCAAAGAGAAAGAGGGGGUGGUGGGGAAGUCUGGGUAAUGUACUGUCUUAGCUUUGUCCCCCCCACCCAACACAAUUUCUCUCUCUUAAGUUCCAUCUAUCUCUUUCCAUCUUUAAUUUUCUUUUUUCUUUUUGGGAAAUGAUAUUAUUUCUUGUUUUAAUUAACAGUUCAUAUUCAAAAAAACCCAAGUUGCACACAUUGGCUUUUUUUUUUGCCUUUUUGCUUGCUGUUCUUUCUAUGCAAGCAAUUGUCAAUUUCUUCUGCAUCAGCUUCUGCUGCUGUCACUUUUAUUGCUGCUCCCUUUUUUGAGUACUGCAAAAUGUGGGAGAAAGAAUCAUACUUUGAAGUUCUGGUUACAAUUUGAUUCCUUCUUCUUUUUGCCAAAUUCCCACUAAAUUUUCCUCCUUUUUAUCAUCUGGGUACUCCUCAAAAUGAAGUUUUUUCCCAUGAUUUGACUUCAUAAGAACAGUUUUUAUGUUAUUUCUAGCCUUUUAUCUUCUGGGUAUCCUUAAAAGUUAGAUAUAAUAUAGUUUUUUUUUGAUGUGUUUUUGCUUUGCACUUUUAAUGCUAUAUUAAGUUAGUAUUGAGUUUGAUUAUAUUGGGAUAUAUAUAAUAAAGGUUGGUGGUUCAUGGAAAUUGAUUUGAAUCAUGAAGUGAGUGAGGUGGAGAAGAUUGCAUAUUGUUAUGGGGAUUGUGAAAAGGGAAUUUAUGGUUGUUGUGUUUCUUCAUCUUCUUCUUCAUGUUCCUCAAAUUCCUCUCCAUCUGCUGUUACUUCUUACAUGGAGCUUUGGCAUGCUUGUGCUGGACCUCUCAUUUCCUUACCUAGGAGAGGGAAUGUGGUUGUGUAUUUCCCUCAGGGUCACUUGGAACAAGUUGUUGCGUCGUCGUCGCCGUACUCUCCGGUCGACCUGCCUACCUAUGAUCUCCCUCCACAAAUCUUUUGCAGGGUUGCAAAUAUACAACUUCUUGCUAAUAAGGAGAAUGAUGAGGUCUACACACAGUUGACUCUGUUCCCAUUGCCAGAGUUUGGAAGGAUUAGUUUGGGAAGCAAAGAAGUAGAGGGGCUAGGAGGGGAAGAAGAUGCUGCGGAAGUGCUCCCCAAAUCAACACCCCAUAUGUUCUGUAAGACACUUACUGCUUCUGAUACUAGCACUCAUGGUGGAUUUUCAGUGCCUCGCCGUGCUGCAGAAGACUGCUUUCCACCUCUGGACUAUAAGCUGCAGCGCCCUUCCCAAGAAUUGGUUGCAAAGGACUUGCAUGGAGUUGAGUGGAAGUUUCGACAUAUUUACCGUGGCCAGCCCAGACGGCAUCUGUUGACGACAGGAUGGAGUGUUUUUGUGAGCCAGAAGAACCUUGUUUCAGGAGAUGCUGUGCUUUUCUUGAGGGGUGAAGACGGAGAGCUGAGACUGGGCUUAAGAAGAGCUAUUCGGCCUAAAAGUGGUGUUCCCGAUUCUGUUAUAGGAAAACAGAGCAUGUACCCAAAUGUUCUUUCUGCGGUGGUUAAUGCUGUAUCUACUAAGACCAUGUUUCAUGUCUUCUACAGCCCAAGGGCAAGCCAUCCAGAGUUUAUUGUACCACACCAAAGAUAUGUUAAAAGCUUUUCCAAUCCAAUAUCUGCUGGAACAAGAUUUAGGACGAGAAUUGAAGUAGACGAGUCUCCAGAGAGAAGGUGCCGCGGUAUUGUUGUUGGUGUUAAUGACAUUGAUCCCUAUAAAUGGCCUAAUUCAAAAUGGAGAUGCUUGCUGGUGAGAUGGGAUGAAGAUAUUGUCAGUGAUAAAGAAGAACGGGUUUCGCCCUGGGAGAUUGAUCCUUCUGUGUCUCUCCCUCCACUGAGUAUUCAGUCUUCCCCAAGGAUUAAAAAACUCAGAACUGGUUUGCCAUCCAGUCCGUCCAAUCCUGUCGAUUCUGGAGGGCUUGGAAAUCUGGACUUUGAGGAGUCUGUCAGAUCCUCUAAGGUCUUGCAAGGUCAAGAAAAUGUUAGUUUUAUUUCACCUCCCUAUGGAUGUGAUAAGGUGCACAGCAUGCUGGAUAAUGAACCAGGAGCAGCUGGCCAGCAAAGUCUGUCAUCUACUAGGUUACCGCCAAUAAAUGUGAGUGAGUUUAGAUCACUGGCUCAACCAAUGACUUACACGGGCAUUUUGGAAUCAAACAGAUUCCCAAAGGUCUUGCAAGGUCAAGAAAUCUGCCCGUUGAGAUCCUUGACGGGAAAAAUGAACUUCAACCCUAGUGCUUGGAUUAAGCCCAGCUUAGCUACCAGUUAUUUCAACUUAUAUCAAGGACCCAAAACCAGUUUCUAUCCUCUAGCUUCAGAAGGUGUCAGAAACAUGUAUUUUCCUUUUGACAUUUAUAAAUCUGAUCAAGAUUCUGUGAUGGUUCCUUGCAAAAAUACCAUGGCAAAAGAGAAUUCUGUGUUCAAUCUGUCUUCUUUUCAUAGUAAUGGCUUCAGGAAGAAAGAUCAGAACCCGAAUAUUGAAAAUGAGGAUAGGCCAGCAGAGAAUAUGUAUGUGCACAACUCGUUAAAUACAAGUCGUAACGACCAAAAAGAUGCUCCAGGUAAUGGGCCUAGACCACAUAGUAAAUUAUUUGGGUUUCCAUUGGAACGGGAAACUUCAAGCACGAACUCUGAGAUUUGCAGUAGGAGGAGCUGCACAAAGGUUCACAAGCAAGGUAGCUUGGUUGGAAGAGCCAUUGAUCUCUCCAAAUUAAAGAGCUAUGCAGAUCUAAUGAACGAAUUGGAGCAUCUGUUUGGCAUGGAAGGACUUCUACAAGAUCCCGCAAAGGGGUGGAGGAUACUGUACACCGACAAGGAAAAUGAUAUGAUGGUUGUGGGAGAUGAUCCAUGGAAUGAGUUUUGUGAUGUGGUGUCAAAGAUCCAUAUAUACACCCGCGAAGAAGUAGAGAAGAUGACUGCUGGCAUGGUGACUGAUGAUAACCAAAGCUGUCUUGAGGAAGCACCCAGCAUGCUUGACGCAUCCAAGUCUUCAUCUGUGGGUCAGCCAGAUUCUUCUCCUACUGAGACAAAGAAUUGAACUCCUGCUAUUCUACUAUUAUGUGAAGCAUAAGAAGUUGGCUCAGUAGUUUAUUAAAAAACUGAAUGUGUCCUAGACCCUGUGAGUAAAUUAUGUACUAUUUGCAAUGAGACUUGGUUUAUAUGUAUGUAUCUGUGAGACUAUGACAUUUAGGACUUGGUUGUUUGUGUCUGAUGUAUUCUUGUAUUGUUAGUUUCAUGCUAUGUUGUAUGGUGUCGCGUACAAUCGUUGGCGCCUUGUGUCGUAUGCAAAAUCUGUGUGCUGGUAAUAAACAGAGAAGUCAUUGCUCUCUUUAUAUA